UGCUUAUUGAUAUGUCGGUUCUGGGUUUUUUUUCGUGUUUGCGGAAUUCAACAUGUUUCACCAACAAAGAAAUCAUCUUUAAUCGAAUUUCUGAAUUUUCUAAAAAUGGGGUUAAGGAUUCAAGGUUCUUGUUGAAUUUUUCUUCGAAAUUGAGAAUGUUUCGUAAACUGAUAGGUCACUUUCUGGUCAUACUUUACUUCCUGUUCAUGUUUUCCAUCAUUAAAGUUCAUUAAUAUGAUUUAUGAAGAUUAUAAAUUUUGGUGAGUUUUGGAAUUGGGGUUUUUCAUUUUUGCUGUUUUGUUGUUUGGAGUUUGGUGAUUAUGUCUGUUUCUAAUUGGAUGAAUGUAAUGUAGACACAUUGGGUCAAUUUCUGUUAGUGUAUAUAUAGUUAGGCCCUUAAAAGUUAAAACCAGUCUAACUAGUAGCACCACCCUAAAUGGCACACCACCCACCCGGCGGCGCUGCUCCUAACUCCCGUCGCAGUCGUAGCCCACUCGGCCUAAUUCCGGCUGCUCUAUCUGUCGCAGUCACCGGUAUUCCUGUUUUGCUCGACGGAGCUACAGAUUAUCCGAUGCAUACCAUCAACCGUCGUUCUCCAAACUUGUUCAUCCCUGACAGCCAGAUGAUGUUCAAUAUGCUGAGUGUUUGUGAUCAUAUGAUGAUAUCUACUGAAGAAUUCUUAAAUUCUAACCCUGGGUGGAUACCAAUUGUCUCACAGCUCUACGUCUCUGUUUUAUGGGUCGUUCAUAUUCUCAGAGUCUUUGCUAAAUAUGGAUAUGGAGGAGCUAUCAUCCAUAACUCAAUUCGUGAUUACUUUGUCGGAUACGAGGAGUGUAUGAUUCCGGGUCCUCUCGUUCCUUUCUUUCAAUCCAUCGCCGCCGUCAAGGGCCCUUUUGACUGGAUCGGCGAUAUCCUCCCUUGUUUUCCAAGCUUUCAUGAAUUCUGGGAUAACACCACCAGAUCCCCAUCUCACAACUACGCAAGACAGAUACCUUUUCCUGCUCUCAUGCUCGAUCAACUCGCCAGAUUCGGAGCUUCUGUUCCUGAAACCGAUCAAGACUCUAAUUACACCACAUUUCAAUGGUAUUCAAACGUCUUCAACAUCGAUUUUAAAGAUGCUGAAAACCUCUACUUUGUCGGACCUCAAACCUGUGGUUCUCUGUAUGUAACUCAGUCACAAUACGACAAUGCUCGCAGAUUCUGGGCUUCAAGACUUGGGAAAGAUAACUUCGGCCAUUGGAGAAACGGGAUCUUAAGCUCAACGCCUGCAACUGAAGCUCCUUCUCCCUCCAACUAUCCAUCCAACACACUUGUAUUAGCAGGAUCAAGAACAAAAAGACCCGACAUUCUUAACCAUUUCAAACAUUAUCAAGCUGGAUGGGACAUUACCAAUAAACAUUACUGGGCUUCUGUUGGAUUUACAGGCGUUGCUGCUUUCAUUCUUGCAAUAUUAUGGUUCGUGUCCUUUGGAUUGGCCAUGAUCAUACACCAUUGUUGUGGAUGGAGAAUAGACAUUAAAGGCCAACAAUCACACAGCUCUCAAAGGCUUUGCUUGAUUCUACUUCUUGUUUUCACAUGUGCUUCAGCGAUUGGUUGCAUACUUCUUUCAGUGGGACAAGAUCAAUUUCAUGGGAAAGCCAUGGACACGUUGAAUUAUGUUGUAAACCAAUCAGAUUACACUGUUCAAACACUUGUAAAUGUCACGGGGUAUUUGUCAUUAGCAAAAACUGUAAAUGUUGCCCAAGUUUUUCUUCCUUCAGAUGUGAAAGAUGAUAUUGACCACUUGAAUGUUGACUUAAACAAUGCUGCAAAUACAUUGAGGCUGAAAACGAAUCAAAACUCACAUACGAUUAAAACCGUUUUUGAUACAGUGCGAUUAUCAAUGAUUGCUGUUGCUGUAGUGAUGCUUCUUGUUUCACUUUUAGGCCUUUUUUUGUCUAUCCUUGGUCACAAGAACACAAUCUACAUAUUCAUUAUCAGUGGAUGGCUACUUGUUGCAGUUGCCUUCAUUCUAUGUGGAGCCUUUGUGAUUAUCAACAAUGCAAUCACGGACACUUGUAUGGCAAUGGGUCAAUGGGUGGAUAAUCCACAUGCCGAAACUGCCCUUAGCAACAUCCUUCCUUGUGUCGAUCAAGCAACUACUAAUGACACAUUGUAUAAGAGCAAAUUAGUGGUUAAUGAUAUUACAAAUAUCAUCAAUGGAUUCAUAGGUUCUUUUGCCAAUUCAAAUGCGCCACCUGGAGGGAACUCUAAUUACUAUAACCAAUCUGGACCUUUGAUGCCAUAUCUUUGCUAUCCGUAUGACUCUCAACUGCACGAACUGGAAUGUCCCCCCCAAUUGGUUUCAAUGGCAAACGCUUCUGUGGUGUGGCAGAACUACAUUUGCAGUGUGUCAGAAUCAGGUUAUUGCAGGAGCACAGGAAGAUUGACACCAGAGAUGUAUCAGGAACUGGUUGGAGCAGUGAACAUAAGCUAUGCCCUGCAACACUAUGCACCACCAUUGCUCAGCCUUCAAGACUGCAAUUUUGUACGUGAAACAUUCAGAAUCAUCACCUCCGAUCAUUGUCCUCCAUUAGAAGAUCGUCUUCGAAUGGUGAAUGCAGGGUUGGCUCUUGUUUCUGUAGGAGUGAUGCUUAGUCUUGCACUUUGGAUUAUGUAUGCAAACCGGCCUCAAAGGGAGGAAGUGUUUGGAAAGAUCUCGUGUAAAAUGAUGGGCAAAUGCAAUGGUAGUAAUAUGAGCAUUGGUGUAGAAUCCAGAAGUAUGAAAAUGGCAAGAGGUGAAGUUUAAGAUGUUAGGAAAGUUGGGUUAUGAUGGUAUUAGGUUUUAUAUAUAUACAUAUAUAGAGUAAUGUGAUACGGGGUUUUUCGUUUUGAUCUUCCCCUUUCCCUGCCAGAUUCAAUAUGGAGCGAAGCACCAUUUUGGAUUUUGAGCUGGCGUAUAAUGUGUAAUCAUAUAUGGUUCUUGUUUGAAUUCGUUGUCAUAAAUCAUAAAUUUCCAUAUUUAGAGGUUGUUAACUAAAUUUGUUAAUGAAUUGACAUAAAUGUUUGUUUUUA